GGGAUAGAAUGCAAGAAUUGACAUGUAUUAUGUACCAACGUAUCCCCACGGUUCGUGUCAUGGUGAAACUUGCACUCCUCUAGAUUUGAAAAAAUUGAAUGGUGAAACAACCAGAAAAGCAAGGUGAAGCAAUUCCGGCAUUCUUGGAAGUCAGGACAAUUCUUAUCCUGCAAAGAAACCCAUAUCUCUCAUCCGUCGUCAGUAUUGUGGAAUAAUUAUAAUGUUAAGAUGACCUUCGAGGCAGGGAGUAGAGUGACGCUACUGUUUGACUUCUGGGUUGUGCACAGACCCGCAGCAGGGAUGGUGCUGUCUGUGUUCGUGGUCAUCCUGUUGGCAGUGUUCUACGAGCUGCUGAAGGUCUGGAAGGUCCAGCUGGGGAAGCCCUUAGAGCAGCCCACUCAGCCAGCCUUCCCACUGCCGUUACCCCCUCCCCUCCCCUCCUCAGACUGCCAGGGAAGCAGCGCUGUGUUAGCCAGUAGCCUGUCGGAGUCUUCUCUGGCCCCCACGAAAUGGAAUGCUCGCACUCCCUCUCCCAUGAACAGAUGGCGUCUCCAUGGUAUCCAGACAGCCCUGCACAUCCUGCAGGUGACUCUGGGCUACAUGCUGAUGCUGUGUGUCAUGUCCUACAAUACCUGGAUCUUCCUGGGGGUCAUCUUGGGCUCUGUCCUGGGAUACUUCAUAGGGGUCCCUCUACUGGGUCAAAUCUGAUCAAACAUAGGAAUCAAGAGUCCUUUUCCUGGACUAUAGAUCUACAGGGACUAAAUAUCCCAUACCUGUUGGUCAAAGAUGUGCUCUGAAGAGCAUAUCAUAGAACCUCCCAUGGUGUUUGUCAUUCUGACUCUGCUGUGCACUGAUGGGCAAUAUAUCUUCCUGUGACUGUGUCGCUUAUCAAGUUACCUGAAGUGGAAGGUAGUUCCAGUAUUUCUUCCCAACUUAUACAUGAUCUUAAUGUAGAUGUGAGAAGUAAAAAGCAAGAUGGAGACUUCCAUAUAGUGACACAGAUGUACACAGAGUAUAGCAUGGUAGAUGAGUGAUCGAGCACACCCAUGGUACCUUUUUAUCACGAGAAGUUUCAUGAAGUUUUACAUGUGUUCAAGCAAGGCAACUGUUACCCUGUACUAUGUACUACUGUAAUAUACAUAUCCACAGUCAUCAUUUUGAGCAGGGCCCGUGAGUAGCUAUAGUGCUUGAGUUCAAUAUUGUCAUGUUGCUUUUGUUAAUCAUUUGCAAGAGAGCCACUAGAGAAACCAACUAUUUAGUGCCUUUGAUAUCCAAUAAACAUUUCAGAUGCA